GAGGAAACUUUGUGUUUUGUUCUCCAAGUUCACUUUAGUUCUCGCUCUUCUCUCAUCCUGCCUUCACGCGUUUAUUUCCGAGACGCGUGAGAUGCGCACCGGGACUCAUGGAUCAGUCCGGCUCCAGUUCCUCACGCAAGUCAUUUUAAAGCUGCGUUUCGGAUCGUAAUGUUUCCAAAAGUUUUCUGCACCGGAUUGAACUACAUGGAAUAAUGUGGCGGAUCGUUUUGCUGUGUUGCGCUCUGGAGGGUUCCGUUGCGUUCCGUCCACCUGCGAACGCGUCUCUGCUCGCACCUGUCCGCGGCGUCGUGCGCACCGUGGAUCGGAUUUAUCACGGAGGAGGAAAAGCCGGUUAUCUUCUGUACAUAGACGAGCAGCGCUUUCAGCUGGAUAUGGAGCGGGAUGAGUCUAUACUGUCUCAUCACUUCGGUUUGAACGCGGACGCGCCGCCGCCGCGUCGGGAAUGCGUUUACCGCGGCACCGUCAACUCAAACGCGGAGUCGCUUGCGCUUUUCAAUCUGUGCGGCGGCGGACUCGACGGGUUUUUCGCGGUGGAUGACGCGCGGUACACCGUCACGCCGCUCAUCCGAGCGAAGGGCCACGAGAACGACGCGCGCGACGCGACGCGCGCUCUCCACUAUUACACGCGCGAGAGCUUCGGUUUCGAGGCGAUGCCCGCGCGCCACAGCUGCGGCACGCGCGACCGCAAAGCGCGGACGCAGCGCGACGCGCGGACGCGACGCAAGCGCUCCGUGUCCCGCGCGCGGCACGUGGAGCUGCUGCUGGUCGCGGACGCGUCCAUGACGAAGAAGUACGGGAAGGACCUGCACCAUUACCUGUUGACUCUCGCGUCCAUCGCGUCCAAACUCUACGGCCACGCCAGCAUCGAGAACCCCAUCCGUCUGUCGGUGGUUAAAGUCGCGAUCCUGUCCGAGAACGAGAAGGGCAUCGAGGUGUCCAAGAACGCCGCCGCGACGCUCAAGAGCUUCUGUAAAUGGCAGAAUCAGCAGAACCCUCUGGAUGACGAUCAUCAGCAUCACCACGACGCGGCGAUCCUCUUCACCAGGCAGGAUCUGUGCGGUCAUCACUCGUGUGAUACUCUCGGUAUGGCUGAUGUGGGAACCGUGUGUUCGCCAGAGCGGAGCUGCGCAAUCAUCGAGGACGACGGGCUUCACGCUGCCUUCACCGUGGCACAUGAGAUCGGGCACCUGCUGGGUCUGUCCCAUGAUGACUCUAAGUUCUGUGAGGAGCGAUUUGGCUCCACUGAAGACAAGCGGCUGAUGUCUUCCAUCCUAACCUCCAUCGAUGCUUCCAAACCCUGGAGCCGCUGCACCUCUGCCACCAUCACGGACUUCUUCGACGACGGAAACGCGGAGUGUCUGCUGGACGCUCCUCGAAUGCCUCUCUUGGGUCCGGAGGAGCUGCCGGGUCAGAGUUACGAUGCGGUCCAGCAGUGCCGCCUGGCCUUCGGGACGGAGUACACCGUGUGUCCCGGGAUGGACGUGUGCGCGCGUCUCUGGUGCGCCGUCAUCAGGAAGGGACAGAUGGUGUGUCUGACCAAGAAGCUUCCGGCCGUGGAGGGAACGCCGUGUGGGAAGGGCCGGAUCUGUCUACAGGGCAAAUGUGUGGACAAAACCCGAAAGAGACACUACUCGACGUCGAAUCAUGGCAGCUGGAGCUCCUGGGGUCCGUGGGGUUCGUGUUCUCGCUCGUGUGGCGGUGGUGUCCAGUUUGCACAUCGUCUCUGUAAUAACCCUCCUCCCCGAAACAACGGCCGCUACUGCACCGGGAAGAGAGCCGUGUACCGCUCCUGCAGCGUCACGCCGUGCCCUUCAGCCGGUAAGAGUUUCCGUCAGGAGCAGUGUGAGCUGCGUAACGGCCCUCAGACGGACCCUAAAGGAGUGAAGACCUUCGUGGAAUGGGUGCCUAAGUUUGCCGGCGUGCUUCCCAAAGACAUGUGCAAACUCACCUGCAGGGCCAAAGGGACGGGAUACUACGUCGUGUUCUCGCAGCGGGUGGUUGACGGGACGGAGUGCCGGCCGUAUAGCAGUUCGGUGUGUGUGAAGGGAAAGUGUGUUCGCACCGGCUGCGACGGGAUCAUCGGCUCUAAACUUCAAUAUGACAAGUGCGGCGUCUGCGGCGGCGACGGAAACAGCUGCAUCAGAGUGGCUGGAAACUUCACCAAGAAGAGUAAGGGCUACACAGAUGUGGUGAAGGUUCCCGAAGGCUCGACGCACCUGAAGGUCCGACAGUACAAAGCCAAAGGGCAGUCGCGCUACACGGCGUAUCUAGCGCUGCGGCGGCCCGGAGGAGAAUACCUGCUCAACGGGAAGUUCAUGAUCUCCACGUCCGAGACCAUCAUCCCCCUCAACGGCUCCGUUCUCAACUACACCGGCUGGAGUCAGCGGGACGAGGCCCUUCACAGCAUGGGCCCCGGGGCCCUUCAGGAAAGCCUGGUGGUGCAGAUUCUGGCCACGGACGCUAAGAAACCACUAGACAUCCGCUACAGCUUCUUCAUGCCGCGCAAAAUGCCGCUUCCGCCGCGAACGGUCGCCGCAACUUUGGGAACUGCCGCGGCGCUGUCGUCGGCGGAGAUUAUGACGUUUACGACCGAGGUUCCUGCAACGACGGAGCCUCCGACGACGAUGCCCGCGGGGCCGCGCUGGGUGACGGGAUCGUGGAUGACGUGCUCCAGAACUUGCGAUACGGGUUGGCAGAGUCGCACGGUGCAAUGCAAGGACCCUCAAGGGAAGCUGUCCAAGAGCUGCCCGCUCAGCGCCCGGCCGUCGGCCUUCAAGCACUGCCUGAUUAAAAAAUGUUGAGGACCCCUCAAUCAGACGAACUUCCUGACUGAGCUUCGUGAAGCACGUAGACUGAACCAUUGCAGUUGCGUUCCGAUCACUGUGGGAUUCUGCUAGCUUUCGCAAUCGCGUUGCGUUGUGACUUCGGACAAGGAGCUUUAGCUCUAGCCUUGAAUGUGGUGAUGGUUAGCCACGCCCCUUUGACAAAGCCACGCCCCUUGAGUUCACACUGGCAGUGAUUUAAACCAUUUCUAUAGUGUUUGAGGCUCUGGCUUCAAAUGAGUCAAUGUUCAGCCACGCCCCUUGAGUUCACACUGGCAGUUAUUUAAUCGUUGCUGUAGUGUUUGAGGCUCUGACCUCAAAUGUGUCAACGUUCAGCCACGCCCCUUUGGCAAAGCCACGCCUUUGACUCAAAACGACACGCCCCUUGACUUCACACUGGCAGUGAUUUAAACCAUUGCUGUAGUGUCUGAUGUUAAGAUGCGUCCACAUUUACCAGUGAUAAAAUGGAAUGUUUCAUUAACGUUCACGUAACCAGUGUAACCACAAACAAUGUUUUUAGAACUUAAUGGGAACAUUAGCAUAACGUUCUGUAUCAAUAUCAUGUCCAAAAAUCAAAACCCUCAAUCAGAUGAACUUCCUGGUUCAGCUUUGUGGAGCGCGUAGACUGAACCAUUGCAGUUGCAUUUGUAUGAAUGCGGUUCUGAUAACUGUGGAAUUCUGCUAAUGUUCGCAAUCGUAUUGCGUUGUGACUCGGACAAGGAGCUUUGGCUCUAGCCUUGAAUGUGGCAAUGUUCAGACACACCCCUUUGACAAAGCCACGCCCCUUGAAUUCACACUGGCAGUGAUUUAAAUCAUUGCUGUAGUGUUUGAGGCUGUAGCUUUUGAUGUUAAAAUGUGUCCACAUUUACCAAUGAUAAAAUGGCAUAUUCCCUUAACAUUUACAUAACCAAGAAAAAAAAAAGUUUUUUAAGCAUUUAGAAAACUGGAUUCUCUGAAAUAACGUUUUCAUAACUUAAUGGGAACGUUAGCUUAACAUUCGGUAUCAAUAGCAUGUGCAAAAAACAGAGUGUGUUGGGAAUCCCUCAAUCAGAUGAACUUCCUGAAUCCUGCUAGUGUUCACAAUUGUGUUGUGACUCAGACAAGGAGCUUUGGCUCUAGCCUUGAAUGUGGCAACUUUCAGCCACGCCCCUUUUACAAAGCCCCACCCACUGAUUCAAAAGGCACGCCCCUUAAGUUCACACUGACAGUGAUUUAAACCACUGCCGUAGAGUUUAAUGUUAAGUUGCAAUCACAUUUACCGUUGCUCUGUGAAAUCAAGUCACUCUAACUGGAUUCCAACGAUUGCGUGAAAAAACGUACACUUUUUUUUUCUGCUGACCAACAGAAAACUGCUUGGUGACUUCUGUGUGAGUGGCACUUCAUACAUCUCUUCUUAAUAAACAACAGACAUUGGAUCGUUUUGGUUCACAAAACAUCCCUGCAAUUUUGCUAAUGUGACCGCAACGUCAGUGGCCGUUCUAACUCGACUGUAGUGCUGCACGAUAUAAAGCAUAAUUUAAUUUCCUUUUGAUUUGUGCUUGCGCAAAAGUGCAAUAAUUCUUGGAGCAAAAUAAUCAGGAUUACACUGUAAAAAACAAUUGUUCCAAAAAGUUGUUUCAACUUAAAAUAAUUUGUUACCCCGCUGACUUAAAAUUUUUAGUUUAAUCAACUUGAAAUUUUAAAUUACUCAAUGUUAAUUUAAGGGACAACUGGAAUAUUUUAGUUGAAUAAACUAAAAAUUUUAAGUCAGCGGGGUAAUAAAUUAUUUUAAGUUGAAACAACUUUUUUUUUUUUUUUACAGUGUAUCAGAUACCGUGCCAGCCUACUUGAUUGCAGUAUUCGACUAUAUCAGUCUGCGCUCCCAUUGGUCGUCAUUGCAUUGUCACCGUUUAUUUGCAUAAAGCUGGACCAAGUUGUUAACAAUUGUCAACAGAUUUACUGAUCGCUGUCAGUGUGAACGUCCCGUUACAAUAUCACCCAUAAGAAAUAAGCUUCGACUGCAGGAACGGAAAGGUCAAUGCAGAAUGCUGAAUUUCCAGAGUGAAUCUCAUAAGACUAAGACAAACUGGGAAUAUGACUGACCGCCGGUCCGUUCCUGAGCUCGUUUUCAGGGUUUGAGCUGACGUUGAUGUGUUUGUUCCUCUGUGCUCCAUGUUUAUGUCCGUUUGAGUCUGAAACUCCCACAAUGAACUGAUCUUCCUUUCUUUGCUACAGAAAAACUAAACAGGGCUCUGAUUUGUAAAUGUGUGUAUGUCAUUUUCUGUGUUCAGGGCUCAAACGACACUGUGUGCCCUCGAUACUCGCAAUAACGCCAGCCGAUCGCUCACUCGCUCGCAGUCGCGCCGUUUACAUGUUCAUAGGAAUGUUUCGGGUUUAAAACAAACAAAAACCUUGUUUAGAGUGACACACUUACAAUGGACGUCUAUGAGGCAAGAAAUACACAGGGUUAAAGCAGAAAUGUGAAACAUGUAUGUUUAUUAAAGCCUGUAUACUAAUUGCUAUGUACAGAAAUGUGUGUAAUUUGAACUGUAAGCCCAGCCAACAAGAAACGUUUUUACAAUGUUCUGGCGAGGUUCUUUUAACGUUAUGAACAAUUCAAAACAAUUAAAGUAACUCGUUUAAAGUUAUCUGGUCUUUAAUAAUGUUCUCAAAAACAUUAUUUAAACAUCAUUCAUGGAACGUUCAUCUGACAUUUUUUAAAUGUUGCUACUUGUUUCAGAAUGUUCAGAGAACAUUCAAAAGUAACAUUCCCAUAAUGUUUGCAAAAUUCUAAAAUGGAACGUUCCCUUAACAUCCACAUAACCAAUUAAAAAAUUCAAAAACUGGACAUUUUGAACUAAUAACAUUUUCAUAACCUUAUGAUAACGUUAGCACAACGUUCUUAGAACAUAUUUCUGUUAGCUGGGAGACUUCUGUUCUUUGCAGAUGAACUUCUGGUUAUGUGUUACCGAUGUAAGUGACUUUUACAUGUUCUUAUAAUGUUGCACAGACAAGGUGACACGUUUAAAGUUUUUUCGUUGUCUUGUUCAAAACAAUGUGUUUUCUGACAUUGUGAUACAAUGUCUUGCCCCAUAGACUUCCAUCGUAAGAUACUGUAAACACAAUCUUUAAAAUUGAGGGAGGAGUUUUUUCUGUGUUAAUGAACAGCUUGACUUGUAUUGAGACCGGAACAUUCCUUUGAAUCAUUUUUCACCUCAGUUCAACCUCAUAACUUCAUUUCUCAGACAGUGAAACACUGAAGCUGAAGGAAAUAAUGACACGGAGUGUGUUUUCAUGCUUCAUAGUUGACAUAUGCAAACGCUCUUGCAAAUUAGCACCACUUCUCAGAUAUGUGAUGUGUGUUCAGAUAACAUACAUGUGGUUCAUGUGUGUGUUUUUAUGAGCAGCGGAAAUCAGUUUAAAGUCAGCAUGAUUCAACUCUAUUUACUUUAAUUCGUGUUCCUGCUCUUAUUAUAUAUAAUAUAAUCUUUCAUAGUAAUUUGAUAUCAUUUGACACCAUCUCAUCAGUUUAAAAAUAAAGUAAAUUUUAAAAUUAAUGAAAAGAAAUGCACUAUUUUUUUCUCAUCUUAUAUCCAGUUUCGAUUAGAAGUGCAUCACAUUACAGAAGCGCAGUGUGAAUGCGUUUCAUGUUGACUUUAAACCUGCUGCGGUUGUUUCAUUUGUGAAGUUGUUUGAUUCAUGUCACACAGAUGCAGUAACUGAAUGAACUCAUGUGAUUCAGUGUUUGGUACCUGAACUUUUUCCAGGAUUUCAUCUGUUUACUCCAUGUAUGCAGUACUGUUUUACCGUCUCAAUGGGAAAUGGCCGUUUCACUGAAAAUACACAGCACUGAUUUUAUAAUUUAUUGUUUGUACAACUGGUAUGUGAAAAAAAAAAAGAAAACACAGGAUGAAUUUAUUUAUUGUUAUGCUCAUUUUGUCUCAUAAAUACUAUUUAACUAGGAAUAUGAGUGAGCAGAAUAGUUCCUUUUGAAGAAAAUUGUGUUUUUUAGCCAUCUUCAUGAAUAUAUGUGUAUAUAAAACAAAGUGCUAUAUUUAAAAGUUUA